GCCGCUGUCAGCUCGGUGGUGAAACUCGGAGCAGAAGCAGAGCAGCAGGCUGAUGUUGGUAAAAGCUCCGGUAGUUUGAUUCCAGCUUGCUGCGAGAUUACAGCGGCCUGGAAUCCCACCGGAGUCCCGCGUUAGGCUGGAAUAACCUGGAAUAACCUGGAAUAUCCCGGUUUUUCCCGGAAUAUCCGGUUUGUCCCGCUGGCUGCUGGAAUGCCUCCGCAGCUCCUUCUCCUCUUCCUGGACUGACUUCCUGCCAUCAUGGCUGAGAUCAGAUGCAGAAAGUCUGCGGCUCUGGAGGGAGAAGCUGCAGAAGAGAGCAGGAGUGUGGCCGCAGAGGAAGAGGAGGAGAGGAGGGAGUCCAGAGGUGAUGAAGAUGGUCAGGAGGAGAGAGUCCAGCCAUCCACGCGGAAAUCUGCUGCAGCCAGCUGGCUGCAGGCUGUGCUCAGGAUGUUCUUCGGGGCGAUGGCAGCAGUGGCCUGCGGGAUGCUGUACGCCGGGUACCUGUCUGGGUUCCACGACAGGAAGUUCUGGUUUUCUAGCAGGCAGGAGCUGGAGUGGGAAGCGUCGUUCCCGGGCGGCAGCGGCCUCUACUACCACUACUACAAGCGCCUGCUGGCGGCGCCGUCCUUCAGCUCAGGGUUCUACGAGCUGACGGAGGAUAACGGCACCGUGUCGGGCCGGACCAUCAACGCCGUGAAGCAGCUGUUCCUCUACCCAGAACUCAUCACCAGCUUCCUCUACCGGGUCACAGGCAGCCAGAACCGGGUGGAGCCCGUCUCCUUCUACCUGGGCUCGGUGUUCGGCCUGCAGGCCGUCUGCGUCUCGGCGCUGUUCGUGUGCAGCUGGGCCCUGAGCGGUACCUGCGUGGCCGGCAUGCUGGCCGUGUCCUGGUUCGUCAUCAACAGGCAGGACGCCAGCAGAGUGGAGCAGGGCGUUCCUCUGAGGGAGAACUGGGCCCUGCCGUUCUUCUCCUGCCAGGUGGCGGCGCUGACCGGCUUCCUGAGCCGCAGCACCGGUUCUGCUUCCGAGAUGUUCUGCUACCUGAUGCUGAGCGCCUGCAGCUUCAGCUUCCUGCUGCUGUGGGAACUCGGACACUACUUCCUGUUCGUCCAGGGCGUCUGCCUGGUUCUGCUGGACUCACUGGACCUGGUACCGCCGCGCAAGACGGCCGACGUCUACAGGGCGUACCUGGGCUCGCUGGUUCUGGUCUACCUGGCCCAGUUCCAGAACGCCUCCCUGCUCGGCUCUCCUCUGCUCAGCCUCCUGAUUGGCUCGGUGCCGGCCAGGUACUUCCAGAGGAAGAUGAAGAUGAAGAUGAAGGUGGGUCGUCUGGGAGCCAGAGUGAUGAAGCUGCUGCAGGUUCACCUGGUUGUCAGCUGCGUUUUCACCUGCAGCUUCCUGGUGAAGAAGCUCUUUCCGGCCAGCGGCGCCGAUUUCACCCUGCAGCUCCUGGAGGCCAAGUUGGGUCUGAACUCGACGGCAGACUUUGUCACCAACUUCCUGCUGUGCCAGGAAGCGCUGCGGGCGCCGGGGCAGGACCUCUUCCUGCGACUGACCCAAACCUCGCUGCUGCCCUUCUAUGUCCUGGUUCUGACCGUCUGCCUGCUGUCGGCCCUGCAGGCCGCCUUCAGGAGGCUCAGCGGCCAGCCAAUCAGCAGCAGCCUCAGGCUGGAGGACGGGCGAAUCGGAGAGCAGCCUGCCGUCGCCUAUCACCUCCUCCACACCCUGCUGCUGGGCGUCCUGACGCUGCUGUUUGACGGGUCAGUCUGUCCUGGUGUCUGUCCUGAUGUCUCUGUCCUGGUGUCUCUGUCCUCUUUCUGUCCUGGUUUUGGUUCUAAGGACGGUGGCGCAUCGGGCUGA